AUGAGCACGAAACCUACAAUUGCGCCUCUGGCGACCUUGACACCAGCCUCCAACACUCGCACAUGGCUCUCGUCGCCGCACCCGAACCUCCCCAUCGUCGCAACAGCGUGCAGUGACCGCAGCGUGCGCGUCUACUCGCUCAACUCGUUCAACCUCGUCAGCAACAUUACCGGUGGCCACAAACGCUCCAUUCGAAGUGUCGCUUGGAAGCCCGACAGCGGUACCUCUGCUACCGGCGAGAGCGUGCUUGCGACAGGCAGCUUCGACGCCAGCGCCGGCAUCUGGAGACGAUGGGAGGGUAACAGCGGCAAGGUGAACAGAUCAGAGGACAACGAGGUCGAUUUCACAAAAGACGGAGGAGAUGAUGAGGAUGACGAGUGGCGCUUUGCUGUCGUCCUCGACGGCCACGAGUCCGAGAUCAAGAGUUUGGCUUUCAGUCCUACCUCGCCAUUGCUCGCUACCUGCAGUCGCGACAAGAGCGUGUGGAUCUGGGAAGAGCUGGAAGACGACAACUUCGAGACUGUUGCCGUUUUGCAAGAGCACGAGGGUGAUGUCAAGUGCGUGUGCUGGCACCCGUCAGAAGAACUCCUCGCCUCGUCCAGCUACGACGACAACAUCCGACUCUGGAGAGAAGACAUUGAUGACUGGGGCUGCUGCGCCGUACUUGCAGGUCACGGUGGCACAGUCUGGUGGGUUGAGUUCGAGGGCGCCACACAACCGGGCCUCAAAGCCACCACAGAGCAGCAGCAAAGGCUCCUCGAGCUCAGAGAAGCCGCUGGCCCACGCCUCGCCAGUUGUUCUGACGACCUCAGCAUCCGCGUCUGGCGCCGUAUUCCCAAGGACAAGCCCAAUGGCGUACCUCAAACUGGCCCAAGAAUGCCGAGUAUUAUCAAGACAAACACAAUCGAGGAAGAAUGGGUUCCCGAAGCCGCUCUACCUCAGCAACACGAACGCGCCAUCUACUCUGUCUCGUGGAGCAAAACUACCGGCCUUCUUGUCAGCGCAGGCAGUGAUGGCAAGAUUAUAGUCUACAAAGAGCAGUGGGCGGCCGAUCAAGCGACCAACCAAAUAGAGACAACAGACGGGCCCAAAGAAAUCGCAAAGACAGAAUGGGUCGCUGUCGCCGAGGUUGAGAAUGCACACGAUGUCUUUGAGAUCAACCACGUCUGCUGGGCUAAGAGAAGUGAUGCUGGUCGUCGUAAUGAUAACGAGGAAAUUAUCAUUAGCACCGGCGACGACGGUGAGGUUCGCGUCUGGACUCUCGAAAACUUCUCAUGA